CUCUCAAGGAGUGACAAAGACUUGCGAGAACUACCUGAACUGGCGGAUUGGCAAAGACGGCUGUGCAUUGUGGACCAACAAGUUAACAAUGUGGAACCGAUUUGUAGACUCUAUCCAUCCUCGAUACGAGUGUCCCUUCCGAGUGAUGGAAUGCCACGUGUGUUUCGAGGAGUUCGACUGUCACAAGCACCGUCCGAAAGUUCUGCCUUGCGGGCAUUCGUUUUGCCUGCAAUGUCUGGAUCGGCUGCCCGUCAAAGAGUGCCCUGUGGAUGCGAAGGGUUUUGACCCAACUGAACUGGUGGACAAUUUCAUCCUUCUUGAACCGUGUGACAAGACUUCUCACCCGACGGUCCGCUUCUGGUGCCGGAGCUGCAGGCAGGAGGCAACGUCGCGCUGCGUGGACGAGCACUCGGUGUGCAGCUUCAGGAAGGCGCGCGCGGAGGAGGCCGCCCGGCAGAUGGACUCGCUGGAGGCUGCCGAGGCCGCCGUGGCGGGGCUGCGCGCCAAGCUGGAGGACUGCUGCGGCCGGCUGGAGUGGGACCAGGUGGCCCUGGCGCUGGCGCGGGGACGCGUGCGGGACGCGCUGGAGGCCGACCGCGGCAGCUGGGAGGAGACCAAGCGCGCGGCGGCGCAGAGCAGCAAAGGACUGUCUGAGAGCGCGGCCUGCAUCGCGAACGAGGUGAUGGCCGCCGUCUCGGCGUCACUGCAGCAGCUGCGCCUCGUGGAAGGGGGCGGAAGAGAGCAGGAGAACGACCUUCCUGCAUCUGACGAGUCCGGAGCCCCUGCACACGUAGGCGCCGUCGAAGCAGCGGUGGCUGCCGCCGCCUCGCAGUGGGAGGAGCGCACCAACGAGGAGGAGCGCGGCAUCGCCUUGGAGGAGAUGGCGGCCCGGAUGCAGCAGGGCUGCCUGGUGGCGCGCGGCAGGGACUUCGACCCGUACUGGACCAUGGACGGCGUGCCCCCCGGGCCCGGCACCGUCACCUCCAGGGGGCAGGGCCGCGUAGACGUGCUGUGGAGCCGCACCGGCGUCACUGCCGGCCACCGCAUGGGGCUCCAGGGGCUGUACGAGCUCCGGCUGCAGGCGCCCCCUCCGCUGAAACCAAAUGUUGGGACGGACCAAUAUCAUUUUCUUGAUGUUGAAACAAUCGAGGACGUGAAGGACAAGGCAAUGUUGCUUGCAGAUGCCAGUCUAAACAAGGUGCUCACCAUGGUCGGCCUGUACUGCAGCGACUCGCCUGCCUGGAGCCAGAGGGUGCUGGAGCAGGUGGCGGACCACCUGCUGGGCCUGCAGAUGGUGCUGCCGCAGCAGCGGCACCUCGACGUGGUGCUGGCGAUGCAAUUGGAUGCGCUCUGCCUCGUCGAAGUGAGUGGGGACCAACCACUGCAGAAACCAAAUGUUGGGACGGACCAAUAUCAUUUUCUUGAUGUUGAAACAAUCGAGGACGUGAAGGACAAGGCAAUGUUGCUUGCAGAUGCCAGUCUAAACAAGGUGCUCACCAUGGUCGGCCUGUACUGCAGCGACUCGCCUGCCUGGAGCCAGAGGGUGCUGGAGCAGGUGGCGGACCACCUGCUGGGCCUGCAGAUGGUGCUGCCGCAGCAGCGGCACCUCGACGUGGUGCUGGCGAUGCAAUUGGAUGCGCUCUGCCUCGUCGAAGUGAGUGGGGACCAACCACUGCAGGUGAGCCGCAUGGCGUCGCUGCGCUUCCUGGAGCUGCACUGCUCGCUGGAGGCCUCGCUGCCCGUGCUGUCGUUCCCACGGGCGGCCGCGCCGGCAGGGCUGCUGUGGCUGCGCUGCGCUGCUUCAACAAGUAAAGCGUUUUACAUUCCAUUUCAAAUUGUAGUGUCCCAGAAUGCCUUCGGUAUCUCGUAUAAAGACACUCAGUAUUACGACAGUGUGCCAUUUACCUUUGAACCAAUUAAGUUUAUUUCUAUUAAUAUUCCAGAUUAA